AAGGAAUGUAUUGGUAGGACAGUGUUCAUAAGUGGCAUGCUAAAUAUACUUGAUAUAACAAAUUGCCACUACUGCAACCAUGCAUUGUAAUUUGUAAAAUGUCAAAGCCAUUAGAUGAGGAAGUUGUUUGCUUUUCUGAGAAAGCGAAAAAGGUGAUAUUUUUUCACUGAGAUUUAUCUGUGUACGGCACCUGUGGCAAGGACGGAAACUGAUGAUUUAGAUUCCCUCAGAAAAAGGACUUAAUUUUCUAUCCUCUGCAAUUUUCUAUCCUCUGCAAUUUUCUAUCCUCUGCAGGGCAUAUGGGAUGAUUUGGAGUUGCCAUGCAUUUAUGGAUGCAUGCAGAUUCUAAUACCAUCAUUCUGAAGCACCGACUUGUUUGGUUAAAUACGAGCUGUAAUGGCAUAAUUUGAGUGAAACAGGUGUUUGGUCAGUGUACUUGCUUCCUGAUGGGUCGAAUUUCCAAAGUCUCCACCCAACUACUGCAGCUGGUUAAUGAGGAAGCAAGUCACAAAGUUUCGGAGGUCGAACAGAAAUAUAAUGAGAUCCGCAGACCCGUCUAUCUUAGAAGAAACCAGAUCAUUGAAUCAAUAUCUGAAUUUUGGUUAUCUGCGUUUCUGAGUCAUCUUGCACUGGGAGAUCUUUUGUCCGAUGAAGACCAAGAGAUUUUCAAGUACUUUGUUUCACUAGAUGUGGAAGAUUUUAAAGAUGUGAAGUCAGGCUACUCCAUCACAUUCACCUUCUCUCCUAAUCCAUAUUUUGAAGAUACAAAACUCACAAAGGCAUUCUCCUUCUCCGAUGAAGGAGCAGUGAAUAUAACCGGCACAUCUAUCAAGUGGAAGGAGGGUAAGAAUAUUGCCAAUGGCAUUGAACAGAAGAAGAAAGGGAAAAAGCGACCGUAUGCUGGGACAAGUUUCUUUCGCUGGUUUAGUGAAACACACGAAAAUGACAUGUCUGAAAUAGCAACUGAUGAGGUGGCUGAUAUGAUUAAGGAAGACUUAUGGCCGAAUCCUUUGAAGUACUUCAAUAAUGAGGCUGAUGAGGAUGAUUCUGAUGAAGAUGAUGAUGGCGAACACGAUUUUGAUGAUGAAGAGAACGACUAUGACGAUAGUGAUGAAAGUCCCUGAAGAGAGAACAAAGACGAUGAUGAAAGUCCCUGAAGAGAGAACAAAGACGAUAAUGCUAACUUAAUUUUCUUUAGAAGUCAACAUGACGUUGUUUUUGCAGCUCUGUUUUGCAUUGUUAAUGGAAAGAGAGGGUGCAAGUUUUGUAUCAAAGGAUCGAGGAUAAUGAGGAAACAGCUGUUUAUCUUGGAUUUAAA